UGUGUUAUUGUCAGUUUGUUAACUGGUAGAUGCCACAGCCGGAACUGCAACAAAACGCGUUGUUUCUAGGGGGAAGGAAAUAUUUGCUGGUACACUACACAGGUACCGUGCAGACCGUGUUAAGAAAUAGCGAUAUAGUUUAUGAGCCAGAUAUUUAACAUGUUGAGUCUUGCGCUUCAAAUAUAAGACAGUAAUGUGCACUACGAUGAUACGCGAGGAUAAUUAAAGAAGUGACGAUCCGUGCCACAGCGUCUCGACUUUGCGACCCGGUUUGCCCUUGCCUGCACAUUACAACGACGUGGAUAGCGGUCAAUUAGUCAACAUGCUACAGUAUGUCUUUCAAUAACUGAACCCCAAAGACUGUAUGAUCUGGUCGCCUGCUUUGUCACGUAUUGUAACAACGACGUGGUCAAAAUCAUCCGAAAGGAUACAGCUCGCCUACGAUUCCUUUAUAACCUAACCAGAAUAAUUCCGUGACGGGACAAAACCUGAUAUGUCAGUCAUCCAUGAAUGUAUCAGGCAUCAUCAGGGACAUUAUAGUUAUACAGCCAACUUAAUCAAUCUCAUCGAGCAUGAAGUCAUAGUCUUCUAAAAUGGAGAAUAUUAUCUUAUAUAUAAAAACAUAAUAAUUAAAAAAACAUGAUAAGAAUUCUGCGGGGUAUACACAGCAUCUUCUUGAAUGUGAUGCUGUUCCCAAGCACAUUUCGGAAACGAGGUCCGCGUCCCCUGGCUUCCGAGGUGUUGACGUGCCACCUCACUCAACGCAAGCUCCCGCCGUGGACGUCGUUCUGUGUCCGCUACAGCUCCAUACACAACGACCAGUUUGGACGCUCAAACUUCAACUGGCGAGUGCAGGGCGCCAACUACCACAUACUUCGGACAGGAUGCUUUCCCUUUAUCAAGUACCACUGCACCAAAGCGCCUCCUGAGAACUUGGACUUUGAGGACAAAUUCUUUGGCACACUGAAAGUUAUAAAUUUUGGUAUACCUUGCCUGGCCUAUGGGCUGGGGUCAUGGAUGAUGGUCAGUGCAUCAGAAACGGUGCAAACACCUGGGCCUAUCACUGUGUACUUCCUUUACAAGGAACGGGAGGGGGCACAGUACUAAUGCUGGGAUUGAAAACAGUGCUUCGCUGGUGUAGUGGACUGUUUGGAGAAAAGCAUCCGUUGUCGUUGUCAGCAUUUCACCUGAGCCUAGGAAUUUGAAGAGAUUAAAGAGUUAUUUAUUCUUGAA